GGUAAACAGCUAUCGGGGUGGAGCAGAUUUGCCAACACAAUCGAUGUAAAAAAGGAAAAAAAAUGGGGCUCGGUGUCGACGAGCGAUAUAAAUAUGAAGUGUGACACCUUUGCCAUCGCCUCGCCUUACCAGAUGACAAACUAACCCUGGAAACGAGCGGACGGACUGGGCUGUAUGGCGGGUCUGUCAUAUUUAGUGCUCCGGUUUUCGGGCUCUGCUGGUCGGACGUACGGAGUAUUUUCGAAAGGCUUGACGAGGACUUUGUUGAUAUUUUUUGAUCUCGCAUGGCGGCUGCGAAUCAGAUUCCCCUAUGUCUACCUCGUCGCCUCGAUGAUGUUUAAUGUGAGAUUACAGGUUCACAUCGAAAUCCACUGAGUCUUCAAUGGCUGCAUUAACACUUAACAAUGGAUAGUGAGCACUGCCACAUUCCAGCCAUCAGAAAACACCGGCUGACCACAAAGCGAUGUGAAGAAAGAAGACACUUCAAGACACUUCAGUCCAACACAAUAACGUGGCUGUUCGUUUUUGCCGCCCGGUGCCAGUUACACGGCCCGGCGCCUUUGCAGGUGAAGGGAAGCGGUGAUGUCUGCAGAUAUGAGACAGGGUGAGCGGCGAUAGAUGGAGCAGAUGGAGCGGGGAAAGAGCCCAGCAGUCGCCGAUUCAGGAGAAGCUCGCCAGGUUCAUGAAGAUAUUUACUCCGCCUUUUCUCUCUGAUAUCGAGGACUGUAGCAUGAAUGAUUGUUGCUGUGAAAGCUUAUAGUUUCUCUUUAUGUCUUACAUGUACAGCUGACCUAAAUUAACAGUAUUAGUAAUUACCCAAGUCCUUUUUUAUGUUUCUGUUAUGGUUAAUCCACCCGUAUGCACACGCUCUAUAAUUAAAAUGAUAUUUUAAUGCUAAAACAUAAUUAUUGUUAUCCAUGAAUUUUCAAAUUUAUGCCCUUCAAUUUUUCUGUUUCAUCAAAGAAAAAACAUCAAAGCAUUUUUAUUUAAUAGAAGGUGCCAAAUUACAGUUAUUUACUUGCAUUACUAAACAGAAUAUUCAGUUUGAGUCGUUAUGUCCAGUGUGCGUUUCAAAUCUGGGUGUAAAAACAUGAAUUCGGUUUGAAGACUCAAAAUGGUCAAAAAUCGAGAACUCACCGAAAAGGACAGAGUUCGCAUUAAAGUGCUUCACGAUGCUGGAUGGUCUUUCAGACGAAUAGGACAAGACAUAAAAUGUUCUCACAGUGUGGUCAAGUAUGCUUUGGAGUCAGUUGCAGAGACCGGUACUUACAGAAUGCGCCAAGGAAGAGGCAGAAAACAAAAGCUGACUGAUGCAGAUGUCCGGCACCUCAAGAUUUUAAGUACCAGUGACAGAAGGAAGACCACUGCUGGUCUUCAAGCAGAGCUAAAUGCUUCUAGAUCAGAGUCUGAAAAGGUCUCCAGAAUGACCAUAAGCAGACGACUGAAUGAACGGGGCUUAAAGGGGAGAGUCGCUGCUAAGAAGCAGUUAUUGAGGCCCACAAACAUCCAGAAACGUCUCAGAUUACCCAGGGAGCGCAAACACUGGACUGUAGAUGACUGGAAUAAGGUACUUUGGACGGAUGCACUGCACCCACAGUAGAGCACGGUGGAGGUUCCAUUAUGGUUUGGGGUUCCAUUUCUGGAAACGGCGUGGGCAAAUUAGUGAAAAUUGACAGUAUCGUGAACAUAAAGAUCUACCACAACAUCUUGGUGGAUCAUGGAAUCCCUUCUGGACCAAAACUGAUUGGUCGUGGGUUCAUAUACCAACAACGCAGUGACCCCAAACAUACUUCAUAGCUGUGCAUAUUUGACCAAGGAGAAGGAAUCUGGAGUACUGGAACUGAUGGACUGGACAAAUCAGAGUCCAGACUUGAAUCCUAUUGAACAAAUUUGGGAUUUGGUGGAUUUGAAGAUAGAUCGCACAAAAGUUUCAUCCACAGCAAGUCUCUGGGAACAGCUGGAAACUAUGUGGAACUCGGUAACAAAGGAGACUGCGGAAACAUACAUAAAAACAAUGCCAGUAAGAAUGCAAGCCGUUAUCGAGGCCAACGGAGGCCGUACAAAUUAUUAAGUUUUUCUGUUUGUUUGGUUAUUAUUGGUGAAUAAGGACUAUUUAGUAGUUUCAGUUUGUUAUUUGCCUUACAAAUAACAACAUUUUUUAGUUUUAAACAAUUUCUUAAAAAUUUCUAAAAAAAAAAAUUGGGUUUUGGGCCAUCUAAUGAAUUUGUCAAGCGCCAUACAUGUAUAGACAUUCAGUGUGAGGUAUAAAGUAAACAUCUCAUUUUUAUUUGAAGGGGUUCUUUUCCCUGCAUGACACACAAUGUUUCUUUUGUCCUCUAUGAUCUGGACUAGUCAUUUGUGGCUGGGUUGAACUGGAUGACAGAUAUACAUCAGAUAUCAGCAGGUUUGUUGUAGGAGAAGUCAGUAAGUGCAGUAAUGGUUCUCACUCUCACUAUCAUGCUCAGGUGGUCACUGUUUCUAUUGUGUUUCUGCUUACCAUUGGGAUCAGCAAAUCGAUGCUAGUGAAAGGUGUUACAUUCAAAAUUAUUUAUUACUGUUUUAAGUUUUUAUUUCUGUGAAAUGUGUGUGAGUGGGGUUUGAAGUUACAGAGCAAAUGCUGAGAAUGAAUGAACUCUGUGAGAAAUAAACAAAUUAC